AAAGGAAUCUCCAUUAUUAAGAGCUAGCUAUUUUUAUUGUUGGAAAAAGAAACAGAGAAAGAAUCAGACCAGAGAGAGAAGAUGGCUGAGCUUGCAGUUUCCACUGUCGUCGAAAAGCUCACGAGCUGGAUCACUGAAGAAAAACGUCUCUUGGAAGGUGUGGGCGACAAGGUUGAGCAACUGCGAGACCAACUGCGGUGGAUGCAAAGUUUCCUCAAGGAUGUAGAUGCAGAGUGAGAGAAGAAUCAAAGACUUCACGAUUGGGUGUCUCAAAUAAGAGAAGUGGCCCUGGAUGCUGAAGAUAUUGUAGAAACUUACAUCGCCGAAGCAGCAUCUCACAGUUCAUGGGACAUACCUGCGAAGUUAAUCAAUCUUCAUCAGGUAGGAAAGAAGAUUGGAAAGAUUCAAUCUAGGGUCCAAAAUAUUUCAAGCCAAAAAGAACAUUUUGGAAUCACUAGCACUGCUCAAGAGGGACGUGAAGGGACGAGUGCUUCCCCAAAUGAAAGGCUACGAUGAUGGAGACAGACAUCGCCCAAUAUUGAGGAAGAUGAUUUGGUUGAUCUUGUAGAAGAUACCAAAGCAUUGCUAACACAACUAUCUAGUAUGGACCCGUGUCGCCGUGUGGUUUCUAUUGUGGGCAUGGGCGGUCUGGGCAAAACCACUCUUGCAAAAAAAUUGUACAAUCAUUGUGAUCUCAAAUACAAAUUUGAUUGUAAAGCAUUUGUUUAUGUAUCUAAUGAUUACAGUAGAAGAGACACUCUACAAGGAAUAAUUGCAGCUACAAGUCCUGAUUGCAAUAUGGAGGAUUUGAAGAAACUAGCAGAGGAGACGUUGGUAUUGAAGCUGCACGAAUUGUUGAAGGAGAGAAGGUAUCUAGUGGUUCUUGAUGAUAUUUGGGAAACAGAGGUCUGGGAUAGCAUGCAAUUUGCAUUUCCAAGUGGAAAGCUGGGAAGUAAGGUGAUGCUCACCACCCGAAAUAAGGAAGUUGCUUUAUAUGCAGAUGUAAUGAGCAAACCCAUUGAGCCGCGAUUUCUAACACAAGAUGAAAGCUUGGAACUGUUCUGCAAGAAAGCAUUCCCUGAAAUGGAUAAAAUGCCUUCUGAUUUGGAGAAGCUCGGAAGAGAUAUGAUGGCGAAAUGUGGUGGUUUGCCACUAGCAGUGGUGGUGCUUGGAGGAUUAUUGUCCAAGAAAAGGAAGAUCGCAGAGGAAUGGAGACGUGUGCUUGAAAACAUCAACUGGCGCCUGAUUGAUCAAGAUCGUGUUUCUGCAAUUUUAGGUCUAAGCUACAAUGAUUUGCCUUUCCACUUAAAAUCAUGUUUUCUUUAUUUGGGUCUUUUCCCUGAGGAUUCCUCUAUAUCGAAAACAAAGUUGAUACACUUGUGGGUUGCAGAAGGAUUCUUACCACAACAAGGAGAAGAAGUUGCGGAAGGUGUUGCCGAAAAUUGCUUAAAUGAGUUGGUUGAUAGGUGCAUGAUCCAGGUAGGAACACUAACCUCACUUGGAAAUCUUAAAACCGUUCGCAUGCAUGAUGUUCUCAGAGAAUUCUCUAUCUCCAAGGGCAGAGAGGAAAGUUUUCUUGAAAUUUAUAGUGGGCAGGAAAUUGAAUCGCCAAAAUCACAACGGACCAAAUGUCGAAGGCUUGCAAUCCAUGGUGAACAUGAUAACCUGUAUGUUUUUCUAAAGCCGUAUGCCCCCUACUUACGCUCCCUUCUAUUUUUCAACAUGGGGGAUUCAAAACUCGACUUUGUUUUCAAGGAUUUCAAGUUGCUCAAGGUCCUAGAUGGUGUUCCCUUUUCAUCUCGAGCACUAAGUGCUGUAGGAAACCUAAUUCCACUGAAGUAUCUAGGAGUAUUAUUGGAAACAUAUAUGGACAAAAUCGAUCUGCCUCGAUCAAUUGGAAAACUGAAGAAUCUACAGACACUCGAAGUAACAACUUUCAAGAAUCGCCAGUGUUUUCCUGAUGUUAUUUGGAAGUUGAAGAAUUUGAGACAUUUGGUGGUCAAAGGUCGAAUCGCUGUAAUGGAUUCUAGAUUGGAUUUCUUAAACAAUUUAAGGACCCUAAAAUGGGUAAAAGGUGGAAGAUGGAUAGAAGAUGGCUGUUUAGCCAGCUUGACUAAUCUGCGACGACUGAAAAUAGUACUAGAUACGCAAGAAGAAUUAAACUCAGUGGUUUCCAACAUAGAGAGAUUGCACUGCCUUGAAUCCUUGUUUCUGACCAGUGCAACAUUGACAACAGCCAUAAGACUUUCGCAUUUGGAGCAUCUCCACAAGCUCUAUUUGACCGGGAGUUUAAUGAAGCUACCUGAUCCACACCAAUUCCCACCGAACCUCGUCAAGCUUAGUCUUUCUCAUUCCAACCUCGAGGAAGAUUCAAUAGUUAAGCUUGGGAGGUUGCCAAACCUAAAGAUGCUUUUCUUGGGAUUCGAUUCAUACACUGGGACAAAACUGGUUUUCUCCUCCUCGGAAGGGUUUCCUCAGUUGCACAUUCUACAUCUAUAUUUGUUAGAUGAUUUGAAGGAGUUGAUAGUGGAAGAAGGGGCAAUGAUGAAGCUCAAGAAUCUAAAUAUAGACCACUGUCCAAGAUUGCGAAAGAUUCCAGAACGAUUUAAGUUAUUGACUACACACCUCUUGAAGGAAAGGAAAUGGGAUUUAUAUUGACUGGUCUGUCUAUAUCUAUUUCUUUAAAUUUCUCCUUGUUCGCUGGUCUGUCUAUUUCCUCCAGUUCUACUAGCUAUUUGGGUUAUUUUGCAGGUUGUUUCUUUGGCUUUUCCUAAUAAAAGUUUGUUGUUCGUCGA